UGUGGAGGCUCGGUGAGGAAGACUCCGGGCUGAAGAGGAAGAUCUGCAGCUCUCCUCCUCCUCCUCCUCACCGCGCAGGGAGCGCGCCGCGCGGCUUGGAGAGGCGUGACGCGCCCGAACCGCAUCUCCGGGAUGGCAGGUCCUCCUGACGGGCCCUCGGCUCUCUGUACCGGGAUCGGACCAGUGGCCCUCUGAGGACCAUGGACCCUGAGAUCCUGCCGGGCCCCGGCUCCAGCACCAGGACCAGGACGGACCCCAGAACCUCGGCGUGCAGACGGACCCUCGGCGUGAUGCUGCUGGUGGUCGGGACGCUGGUUUCCGUGGUGACCUCGAGCUCACCUGCUGCAGGUGUGUUUGACUUCAACAAGACAGCUGAGCUUUCGUCAGAGCCAUCAUCAUCACCAUCAUCCUCCCCUCCCAGACCUCCCUCCCCUAUCCAGCCCUCAGACUCUGGUUACCACGGUAAUGGCGGCGGUGCCAGCUCAGCGGAGGACUUGGAUUCCGGCGCUCAGGGGAUCCACCUCCUGCUGAGGCCCCCGGACCUCCUGUCGCCGAGCCUGCCGCCUCCCCUUCCCCCCCACAGCCAGCCCACCCUCACCCCUCCUCCCCCGUGGGAGCAGGGCCCCUCCCUGGAGGAGGCCUGGGGCUCCGGCGACUACCUGGAGACGUUGUCCUUCAUGGUGCCCGACGGCGAGGAGCUGGCCCUGGCCACGCCGCUGCCCAGCCACCCUUACGACAAGGACGCCGAGGGGGAUUGGGUCUCCUACGACACCGCCUUUCCCACCAGGCCCACCCUCCCCCUCUCCUCCCGCCUGCCCCUCUCGCCCUCCUCCUCCACCCCCGGCAUCCCCCUGCACACUCGGCCCGCCCACCCGGAUGUCUUCCCCACCUGGGAGGAGGAGUACGACCUGGAGGACAUGAUGCCGCUGGAGCCGACGGAGCUGCUGCUGCCGGACAUGAACAGUCUGGAGUAUUACACCAACCUGCUGGCCCGGGAGAGGGAGAGGGAGAGGGAGAAGGACCUGAAUCGGUUGAACCGGACCGACACCAAACCCCCCAUCAGUCCAACAACCACCCUAACCCACCAUCCUCCUCCGACCCCAUCCCUGAGCCCUGGUCCUCCUCCGAUACUGGAACCCAAACGUCCCCCAUCAGGUCCCACGCCUCCCCUCACCCUCUCACCCACCCUCCCAGGUGAGGCUCCAUCAACCACCCCCAGAGCUCCAUCCACCCCUCCUCCACCGCCUGCUCCGAGACCCAAAGACCGAGCCCCAGCGCCGGGUCGAUACCCUCCGUCCAACACCACCGGCCGGGUGCCUCCCCCUCCACCGCUGGGACCGCCCACCCGCCUUGACCGACCGGAGAGGCCUUCGGUUGUCAUGGAGAAGCCAGCGAAGGCUCCGCCCUCCAGGAUCACCACCACCACCAAGGCGACCACCGCCAUCACCACCACCACCCAGAUCACCGCCAUCAGCCUGACCAGAGCCCCCCCAGUGACCACGCCCAGAGUGGCCCAGACCCCGCCCACCAGGCAGUACCUGUGCAACGUCACCAAGCCGGAGAUGUACCUGGUCCGAGUAGUGAGCUCCAAAGGGUCGUCGGCUGGUUUCAGUCAGGUCAGAGAUCUUCUGAAGAGAGAAUUCAACCAUUCGGUGGAGCUUCAGUUCCUCAGAACUCCGUCCAGUUUUGCUUUUCGCGUUGUGUCGGGACCGUUGAUCUUCACCGCUAUGUCCGUCAUCAACGCCCUCCGCCGGCCACCGCGCAGCUCUGGUCCGGUUCCCACCGUGUCGCCGCUCUACACUGUACCUGACCUCAGGUACCAGAUCCACUCGGUGCUGCAGUUUGUCCCCGCCCACAUCGACGUCCGGGUCUGCAACUUCAGCGAACGGGUGGAGAGGGGCCUGACGCUGGCGUACGCCGAGACACGGAGGAGAGCGCACGAGGUGGGAAAUGUCACCAUACAGCUGUUGAACAUCACUAUGGGCUUGGCCCGGCCAGCGGCGGAGCAGAAGGUUCCUGUUGACAUCACGUUUGCAGUGCGUGAUGGGCGGGACUACCUGCCGGGGUCGGAGGUCAGCGAACACCUGAGGAAGCUCACCCUGGUGGAGUUCAGCUUCUACGUUGGAUUUCCUGCCCUGCAGAUUGCAGAACCGUUUCAUUACCCUGAGCUGAACACGAGUCACCACCUGAGAUCCACCUGGGUCCGAACAGUGCUGCUGGGAGUCCAGGAGCAGCUGGUGGCUGAGAGAAGCUUCAAAGCUCGACUGGAGAGACGUCUGGCUCUGCUGCUUGAGGAAGGACUGCAGGAGACCAGCAGGAGGCGCUGGAGGAGGGCCACGUCAGUGGGCAACAACAGUCUGCAGGUGGUCCGGGUGUCCCGGUUGUCCGGAGCAGAGCGUCCCCUGGAGGUGUUUUACUUCAUGGAGGGUCCAGAUGGAGAGAGGAUCCCGGCCGAGGUGACCGCCGCCACCCUGAACCGCCUGGACCUGCAGAGAGCCGCCAUCGUCCUUGGACACCGAGUCCAGAGACCGCUGGCCCAACCUGUGGAGACUCUUUCCGUCCCCCCGGCGGAGACCCAGAGCAGCAGCAUCUGGCUGAUCGUCGGCGUGGUCGUCCCCGUCCUGCUGGCCGUCUUCAUCAUCAUCAUCCUCUACUGGAAGCUGUGCGGCUCCGAGAAGCUCGAGUUCCAGCCGGACGCCAUCAACACCAUCCAGCAGCGGCAGAAGCUUCAGGCUCCCAGCGUCAAAGGCUUCGACUUCGCCAAGCUUCACCUGGGGCAGCACAGCAAAGACGACAUCAUGGUGAUCCAGGAGCCUGGCCCCCUACCUGCACCCGUCAAAGAGGCCACGCCCUCUGACGCCGGAGAUCUCAACACCCCAAAGUCCAAAGGGUCGUCCACCAAGGUGGCCCGGUCGAGCCGCCGCAGGGGAAGGCUCAGCCCGUCAGACCGCGACUCGUUAGGAAGCGACCAAUCCAGCGGCAGGGAGUCGGCGGAAGAGAGCACCAGACCUGUGGCCACGCCCAGUGACGCGAAACAGCACAGAAAGACGUCCAAAAAUGGGAGGAACAAGAUGGCCGGUCCAGCUGGUAGCGGUCCAGACGAACUCCUGUCCUCGUCCUCCAUCUUUGACCAUGUCGACCGUCUGUCCCGUGGUUCCUCCGAUGGCACCCGUCAUCAGGCCAACAAGGUGCAGCUCAUUGCCAUGCAGCCGCGACCCAGUCCACCGCCGCUACACCCCUCUCUGCAGCCGAGCCCCUCGCUGACCGAGAAGGUCAACACCGAGGUGGCGCUGCGGCACAAGUCAGAGAUCGAGCAUCACAGGAACAAACUGCGACAGCGAGCCAAGCGGCGGGGCCAGUGCGAGUUCCCCUCCAUGGACGACAUCAUGGAUGCGUUUGGAGAUGGACCGGUCCAAAGCGAGGUGGCACAGCGACUCUAUAGCUCUGCCCAUGACCACAUGGACUGCAUCCUGCAAGCCGACGCCCCCUCGCCCACCCCCACCGACUCCAGGAAAAGAGGGAGGUGCUCUCCUCGGGGUCGGCGGGCUCAACCAGGACCUGGAAGUCUUCCUGAUACAGACCGAGACCGGCUGCUGACGGACCAGAGCGCCACCUACAGAAAGUACCCAGGAUUCAACAACGUGGCCUACAUGUCGGACCCCGACCUGCCCCCCGACCAUGGCAGCCCCUCCCCCACUGAUGAGGUGUUUGACCCCGCCCCAGCCCCUCCCCCCUACAUGCCCCCCCAGCCCUCCAUUGAAGAGGCUCGGCAGCAGAUGCGCUCUCUCCUGGACGACGCCUUCGCCCUGGUAUCGCCGUCCUCACAGGGCAGCACCGGGGUGAGCGGGGUAAGCCCUGCCCUGCCCAGCCCUUCCCCUCAGGCCAGGCCCCCGGGCCGGCAGUGGGGCUCUUACCCAGCAGCCCCCUCUCACAGCCCCUUUUCUGCAAGAUAUGCGGAGCUGGGGAUGUCGCCCUCAUUGGUCCAGGGUCUGCUGCAGAGGCAGGGCCUGAGCUCUGGAGUGUAUGUUUCUACUGGAGACCAGCUGCAGGAUUCAGUUUACUCCAGCAGAGGGCAGUACGAGGACCCUCCCUCCUCCUCCAGACCACGACCUGUAGGGGGGAGCACAGGUGCACAGCUCCACCACCUGACCCAGGUGGGCCUGUCCAGUCAGAUUGGUGCGUAUCCUGGGGUGGGUCGCAGCAUGUCUGGGCCCACCGGCUCCAGCUGGAACCAGCAGCACUCAGACCAGGACCUGUCCAGACCGGGAGCCAGCAGAGAAAGCGUGCUGUCCUUUCCUGAGUUCUCCUCUUCCUCAGUUUUCCAGAUGCCCAGCUCCUCGUUGCGGGAUCCGUCAGCUCCACCUCUCCUCCUGACCUCACCGACUCCCGAGUAUCCGCCGGAUGAUGCCUCGCCGUCCGCCCACACCUCCGCCUCCCUUAUAAAGGCUAUCAGGGAGGAGCUGCGACGUCUGGCCCAGAAACAGGCUGCAGUGACCAGCUACCCUUAGACUGGUUUGAACCUCUUUGGAUCAGGACUCAGCUGGUUUCAAACCUUUUAAACCACUCAGAGCCUGCAAAGACUGGAUUAAAACCCUAGAACUAACUAAUGUACACUCUAGACUGUCUCUGUGCCGCUAAGCCCAAAAUAACUCUGAACCACGAUUCAUGUCUGAAAACAAGGACAGUGUCUCCUGAAGACCUCCGGUACUUUACAGGGUCCCGUCUUUCUGUUUGUCGAUCCAUCACCCCCCCAACUCAGUGUUUCAUUGGACAUAAGUUUGACUCACAUUUCCACUGAAGUGCUUCCUGGAGUGUAUCAUUCAAUGAUCAUUCUUCCUGAACUUCUCGACUGAGUCAUCCCUUUUGAUCAUCUGGAGCAGCGAUUCAUUCCUGAGCUCCUGCAGUGGAUGUUCCCUCCUGGAGUUCUAGGGUGGAUCAUCUGUCCUGGAGUUCUGGAGUGAAUGGAUCUUCUUAAACCUCUGGAGUGGAUCGUCCCUUUUGGACUUUUAGAGAAAAUCAAAUGUUCCUGGCCUUCUGGAGUGGAUGGUGUCUCUGGGAGUUCAGGAGUGGGUCAUCUUUUCCAGAGUUCUAGAGUAAUGAACCUUCUGAACUUCCUGGGUUGGUUCUUUUUUUGAAUUUCUGAAGCACACCAUCCCUCCUGGCUUUCCAGACCUUCUGGAGUAGAUGGUUGCCCUAGACCUUCCCUCAGGAGGUACUCUUCUCCCCUGAAGUUCUGGUGUAGAUGGUCUCUCCUGACCUUCUAGAAUGGAUUACCCUUCUGAGAGUUCUAAAUCUUGUAGACCACCUGGUCUUCUAGAGCUUAGUCAUCCCUCUUGGACUUUUGAAGAAAGAUAAAUCUAGCUGGCUGUCUGGAGUGGAUGGCCUCUGCUACAGUUCUACAGUGGAUCAUCUGUCCUACAGUUCCGGAGUGAAUGGAUUUCCUUAAACAUCUGGAGUGAAUCGUCCCUUUUUGGACUUCUAGAGAAAAUAGAAUGUUACUGGCCUUCUGGUGUGGUUGAUCCCUCCUGGACUUCUGGAGUGAAUGGACCUUCUUAAGUUUUGGAGUGGAUCAUCUGUCCUGGAGAUCUGGAGUGAAUGGACCUUUUUAACAUGUGGAGUCCAUCAUUGAAUUGAAUGUUCCUGGCCUUCUGGAGUGGAUGGCCUCUGCUGGAGUCUUGGAGUGGACUGUCUGUCCUGGAGUUCUGGAGUGAAUGGACCCUCUUAAAUGUCUGGAGUGUAUCGUCCCUUUUGGACUUCUAGAGACAAUUGAAGAUUCCUGGCCUACUGGAAGGAACAGAACCUCCAAGAGUUCUGGAGUGGAUCAUCUAUCCCGGAGUUCUGAAGUUGAUGUUACAUCCUGGCUGUCCGGAGUCAUGUCAUCCCCCUUGGACUUUUGGAAAAAAAUCAAACUUUCCUGACUUUCUGGAGUGGAUAGUCCCUCCAGGAGUUCUAGGAUGGAUCAUCUGUCCUUGAUUCCUGAAGUGAUUGGACCUUCUUAGACUUCUGAAGUGGAUUAUCUGUCUGGGAGUUUUGAAGCAAUGGACCUUCUUAACGUCUGGAGUGGAUCGUCAAAUUGAAUGUUCUUGGCCUUCUCCUGUCGAUGGUCUCUCUAGGAGUUCUAGAGUGGAUCAUCUGUCCUAGACUUUCGGAGUUAAUGGACCUUCUCUAACUUCUGGAGUGGCUCACCAAAUUGAAGAUUCCUGGCCUUCUGGAGAAGAUGGUCUCUCUGUGAGUUUUGGAGUAGAUCAUCUAUCCUGGUGUUCUGAUGCUGAUGGUCCAUCAUGGCCAUCUGGAGUUUUGUCAUUCAUCUUGGACUUUUGGAGAAAGUUGAACCUUUCGGGCCUUCUCAAGUGGAUGGUCCCUCCAGGAGUUGCAGAGUGGAUCAUCUAUCCUAGACUCCUGGAAUGAAUGGAAAUUCUCUAAAGUCCGGAGUGCAUCAUCCCUCCUGGCCUUCAGGUGGAUCGGCCUUCCAGACGUCCUGAAGUAGAUGGUUGCUCUCAGCCUUUCAAGUGGAUGGUGGUUCUGGACCAUCUGGAUUUGAUCGCCUCUCCUAAAGUUCUGAAGUGGAUUGUCCCUCUGGACCUUCUGUGGUGCUAACCGUCAGCCUCAUACCAUCUGCUCAUUGACCACUUAUUGCCUUCCACACUCCCAUCAGCCACGGUGAUCAGGUCUCUGUUCAUCAACCAUAUUGAUGAGGUCUUUGCACUGUCGAGAGCUGGAAGUGCCGUACAGUUCCUACAGCACGGGAACACAAAACAGGCAAAAUAAUAUAUUUAAAUAUCUACAAGAAUUAAUAAAAUAUACGUAAAGAGAUAGAAACCCAAUGAGCACAAUAUUAAUGUAAGAGUUAUUAUUGGAGUAUUGAGAUGUUACUUAUUUUUUAUUGCUUAUAUAUCAAAGUAUACUUUAAAUCAUUUAUUUUGAUCCAAAAAAAAGACCAAACUACUGUUCUAUGGUGGUAAUCCUCUUGUGUUUGAGCUCACUGUAGAUUUUGAGCCGGAGUUUGUUUCUCCGUGAAGACGUUGCUUAGCGUAGCUGCUCGCUCGCGUGUUCAUGUAUCGGUGGCAAAUUUUUUUUAAAAAAAAGAAAAAAUUCCAGCUAAUGCAUCGCUUUGGUAUCAAGCUUUUCGUCGCUGAUUUGUUGCAUCCGUCAGUCUGUGGGCAGAACGCUGUAGAUGAGUAACACCAACCAAAGAGUGAGGAGCAAAGCUGGAAACUAGUCCUUCACCACAACCAGGAACUAAAGAUAAACGCCUCCACACAUAGCGCCCCCCAUAGGCUGGAGUGUUUAAUGCACAAGAGAAAAGUGAAUAACAUCAGUUAACUUAAGUUUGCACUGAUGGUGGCAGCAGAUAAAAGAUCAAGUUGUGACCUGAAUCAAAGGGUUUAUUAUUUACAGGACAUGUUGUAUAUUCUAUCUGUGGGUGAAGGUAAAGAAAGACAAAAAAAAAGGCUGUUGAAAGUUUGUCUGGAGUCCAGUUUAGGAAACUUGGAUUGUUUCGGUCAGAAUUUAGGAGUAAUUUCUGCGGCUGAAUCCAACUGUCCAAAUUUUACACUUCUAGACUCAACAUUUGCAUCAAAAUUAGACAUGUUCUUAAGGAUGAGCUUCCUAAUUCCACAGUUUACCAAUGAGGAAAAAUACUGCAUGUAGCUUCUUAAGAGGACUUUUGAGAGUAUGACUGUCUUCAAUAACCAAACUGUAUUUUACAAGCAGCUGAAAUGACGGGUUGUUCACAUGAACAUUACCCUACAAAAUACAACUACAACUCACUAAAUUUGUUUUGGUCAUUUUUGAGUUUAGCUGUAGCACCUGGUUGUUCCACUGAGUGGAGCCUCUUCCUGUUUAAUCCUGUAGAGACCAAAGGAGGCAUCACACACAGAACAUUGUGGGAGUUUAGCUAGCAACGGACACCAUGACAAAGACUUCUAUGGUGCUUAAUCACCUCCAGUUGGGAGAAUUUAAAGUGUCCACCACCCUUUCUGACAGCUGUGUGAUGUGGAGAUGUUAACAAAGGUUCAGGCUUCGAUUGGUGCUGAUACUAAUCUAUUAAAAAUGCCACAUUUAGAACCAAUCCCAAAAUAAUUAGCUAAAGCAAGUAUGACUGCUUUCCUCAACCAGAAGAGAUUGAUUCCAGAAUUUUCGAUUUUAUGUAGUCUUCAUUGGUGGUCCAAUCACCGUUCCUUAACUGGAUGAAUACUAACUUACGCAUGUCUAAUUCUGAAGCUACAAACAAACAAACACUCCUGUACUUCCUGGGAAUCAUCCCGUUGUAGCCAGUGUUGAGUAUGCGUGGACAUUUGGACUCAGCUUUUAGUUUCCCAUUCUGGUUGUGCAGCUGGAUGAUGGUUCCUCUCUGCCGGUUCCUCUGUGGCAUCAUCAACAGGUCGGUUGCUCAUGAACAUCUGGUUCCACGUGAUGUGAGGGGUUUGUUCGUCUCUGCUCUUCUUCAGCAUGUUCUACUAAGUUUGAGGCUUUAGCUAUUCGUGAUGUUCCAGUUAAUGUUUAGCAUGCUGCUAAAAGAUGUUAAAGUUAUUCAAAUAAACAGUGAAGAGUUGUUCCACAUCGAGUAAAGAGUGAGCGAAGAGUGAUUAACGUCAUAGUGCCAUGAAUCCACCGUCCAUCCAAGCACAGUAGAAAAAAUACAUCCUGAGAAACAUCAUGUUUUUUUUGUUUUGCAUUUCUGAAAGAUAUUUUUGAAUCUAAAUGAAGAUGAUUGCAGUAAACAUUGUAUAAAUGAAAGUGGAUAUGGUGUUGAAUAGAAAACAAUAUAUAUAGAAAAUAUUUAGUCUGACUCCAAGAUCUGCCAACACAUCGUUCACGGACCAGAAACCAACCGCAGAACUCUUUACGGACUGGAGACUCUCUGAUUGGACCAGGCACCUGUCAGUCAAGCUGUAGGACUCGGCCACGCCUACAGGGUCACAUGGUGCUACUUCAACGACUGUGUCGGAAACUCCUCAAACAUUUUAAAAAACCUGCAGAAGUCUGUCUUCUCGUGUCAAACUGUGGACUCGGCUGCUGCUUUGCAGGCGUCACAAGCUUCUCCUGAAUGUUUUCUUCAGUGUUUUCUAGAGUUUCUGUGUUUUCUAGAUCCUCAGCAAGAAUCCAGCAGACGACCAGGCGAGCUGUGGACGUUCAGCCAUGACAAAACUACCGAUCCACUCUGGAGUCAGAUGGUUUCACACAGAACCAGUUUUACCUGCUGACCUCUGGUAGUUUGUAACGAUCAGCUGAGAUCUUUGAGUCUUCUGUGACCAAAAUUUGUUUAAAACUUCCACCACAAAUUCUCGACCACAUUUGACUGAACAUAGAAGUCCUGUGACAAUGUUCGCCCAAACUGACAUCUUGGUCAAUGUUUUUUUUCAUCGUUUUUUGUUUUCUCAGCACGGUAGGGUCUUGACUUAUGGUACGUGUCCACCUAUUACAUUUUUCUCACAGGUAAACGCGUCGAAUCUGAAUAUCUCCUGCUUGGUGGGCGGUCACUAGCGGGCCACUAGAUGGUCACAUGACAGCGCUAUCAGCUCGAGUCCGGUAGAAGCGUCGGACCAACAUGGCGGCUCAGUCACAAACUUUUUCUUUUAUUACAAAAACAGUUCAGAGAAAAGAAUUUCUGAAAGCAUUUGAGGUGAGAAAUAACCUGUUCAGUAGCUGAAUCUGUCCUCAAUUUAGUUCAUCAAUUGCUAGUUUAGACGUUUGACAAAAGUUUUGCGAUGCUUCGGAUUUCCACAUGCUGCAUCGAAUUUGCAUAAAGCAGAACUUGAGUCUACUUUAUGCAAAUGAGCUCCGGAGAGAUGCACCACAACGGAACCAGUAUGCAACAUGUUGUUUUCACAUAGACAAUGAAUGGGAUGCAGGAAGCUGACGGAUCAGGUGGACAAGUACCAUUAAGUUGGAAUUCUGUUCCUACGGCGCAACCUAACACAAUUUUCGCCGUAAGUCGGAACUCAGAUAUGUACAUAAGUACAUAUGUCACUCACCUACACUAACACGGUGGUCUUCUGAAGCUCUGCCAUCAGAAGACUUACACUGGGGAGCCAUAAUGAAGGGCAAAAAGUUUCCAAAAAAAACAAAUGAAAGAACGCGAAUGUAGCACAAUCCAAGGUGGUGUACAACCGCCAAAUAUAAACAGCCGUCUUCCUCGUAUAGCGCCACGUGACGAUGUAUUCAUCCGCUCCACUCAUCAACUAAUCCCAUAUAAAAUUUGUUUUAAUGUCGCCGUUCCUUGGAAUGAUGGAACGAGGCUUUCUGAAUAAAUUUAUGGGAGAUGGCGACGUAACCACGAAAUGCCGUAGGUUGAGGACGUCGUAAACCCAGUACCUGCUCUACCUUUCUUUUGCCUUUUUUCCAGAGUUUUGGAGGUCGGUUGGCGAUUAAAAGUGAAAUUUUUAAGCAUUUUUAGCAAAUUCACAAAGACCGAUUCACAGAAAGAACAAAUCUGUUAAAAAUCUUAAAGGAUCAUUAGAUGGUAAAUGCCUAGCAGUAUGCAGUAAGAAACAUUUUACUGUCUGGAUGGUUAAUAAGUGGCAGCAUGUUAACAACAUAGUCAUAGAUAAUGUCAGUAAAGUCAAGUAAAACUCCGACUUGGUUUAUUUAGAGUUAAAGCAUCGUAAAAAACCCAAAUGUGAGGGUUCAUUUCUAAAUCCUAUGAGGUCUCCAGGUGGUUCUGGUCCUGUGUGAACAGAGUUUUAGAUCCAUUUAACAACAACAUGUACAAAAACCCUGAAAUAAGAUGCUGACUUGUGCACAAGAGAGGAACGUUUCUGCACAAAACACAAAUGUUGCACACAACGUACGAAUGUUUUCACGAACAACAUCUGAACGCAGAAGAUGCAAACUUAUGUUAACAAGAUACGAACAUUUGUGCACAAGAUCCAGAUGUUUGUGAUCAAUCAAACAAAAGGGAUAAAAUAACCUGGCUGCACAAGAUUCUAACUUUUAAAAUAAGAUACUUAAAUGUGUGUAGAAAUAUGCUAACCGUGUUACCGACGUACUAAAUUAUAAAUAACUCAUCAACACGAGACUUUCACUGAUUCUCUUCCGUUUAUUCUUGCUAUGAAACAUCAGUUUUGUCAUGAAUGAACCUUCAAACAGCUGCUGCUCUGAGUCGAACUACAUUCCUGUUGUUCCCCUUCAGACUCCGUUACAGAACACGGCAUCGCCGAGGCCACGCCCAUACCAGAUGAGGCCACGCCCACUGCAGGUUAGGUCACAUCUGUCCAGGUUCCAGAUGUGACUUGGCGAAGCUGCGCUGUGGAAACUGAGUCAGAAGGGAACGUUCUUUUAACAUCAAACCCGUGAGCUGGGAACACUGCCAGCAGCCUCACCUGUCCAACAGCAGCCAGGUGAGCAAUCAGCUGACCUGAGUGGGUCACAUGACAGGAACCUGUUCCACCCAAACUCUGUGUGAGCUGCAUCCUGCGGUGUUUCAAGUCUGAAAGAUUGUGUUAACAAACAUUAAAGAGACGUGUUCAGAUUCA